UUAGAUUGAUAUUAUUCCUAGCAGUGGGUUAUAUAUUUUAUUGCUUCGUCACCUUUUGCCGAGAAAGGAGUUUAAUCCGCAAUUAAAUUAAUUCGAUUUAAUCUACAAUGGAAGUUGAUGAAGAAGAAGAAGUCGCGGCUCCCGAGGCACCCUCCAGCAGCAAUACAGGCGAGAAGAAACGUUUCGAGGUCAAGAAGUGGAAUGCUGUAGCGCUUUGGGCUUGGGACAUCGUUGUCGACAAUUGUGCCAUUUGCCGCAAUCAUAUCAUGGAUCUGUGUAUUGAAUGCCAGGCGAAUCAGGGAUCGAUAACCACCGAAGAGUGCACCGCGGCGUGGGGCGUUUGCAAUCAUGCCUUCCAUUUCCAUUGCAUUUCACGUUGGCUGAAGACCCGUCAAGUUUGCCCCUUGGAUAAUAGUGAAUGGGAGUUUCAGAAAUUUGGCCACUAGAGGAACAAUGGCAGCAGUCGCACACACACACACACCGACACACACUAACAUUUAUAUGUACAAACAUGCAUUCAUAUAAACGAUGAGCAGAACUGAGAUGACUUCCACUGGACAAUCUUGAUAGGAGCAACAAAAACCAAGUGAUUCUUUUGUCAUAAUUAAUAAAUAUAAAAACAGAAAAA